UGGCGAAUCUAUGCCCAUGUCGGAUGACCACGUGCCGCUCCCCGGCGAUCCUGAUUUUGUUCCGUUGUCCGAAGAAGAUAUGGCUAAGUUGUUCGCAACUCAUCAAAGCGGUGAGACGUCCCCCGAAGUGCGCGCCCAGUUGGAUGCAUUGUUUAAAGAGAGCGAGGAAUUCAUGCAUAGUAUAAUUAACGAAGACGCGCUGGCAGGCCCAGCCGAUGCUCACGUUGACGGGACAAACUAUGGAUCACCAGCGACGCAACAAGGAACUCGCGACGAUUCACAAAUGGUUCAAAAUCCUCAGAUGUUCAAGUCGUUUCCGACAUUGGAGAAUUUCAACGCCCCGGUGGCUGGUCUUCCCCUGUUGUCCCACAUCGAUCAGUGGCUCUACCCUCCGCAGACCUCUGCCAUCCCUCAAGCGCCCCCGCAAGGCCAUCCUUGGUCCCAGCAUGAAUACAACCCUGGAUACUUCAUGAACGGCCCUCCCAGCACAUAUAUGCAGCCCCCUGCCGUACCGCAAGGCCCCGUAUGGUCCCAGUAUGAAUGUAAUCCUGGAUAUGAUACCAAUGGACCCCCUGGUGCGUAUUAUUCGCAACCCUCUGCGGUCGUUCCAGCACCACCGCAAGACCACGCAUUGGCCCAGUAUGGAUAUCAUCCCGCUCCCUCUUACCCUUACCAGCAACCUCCCACCAUUGCGGGUCCGUCCAACGCGUAUUACCCUAUCCCCCAAGGUCAAUAUGCUCCAUUGCAGACGGAAUCCAGUGGGGGCUCAAGCGUGGAGCCAACUUCUCUUGCUCUCGACGGGACAGCAUCUACCAGGCCUCGUAAGCGUAAAACCCGCCAGACCUCUGAACUUGAGGAUGGUUCGAGUUCGUUCGUUGCACCAGCAAUGCGCAAGCGCAGACGCCCGAACGUCGCCGACGACUACAGACCGGGCAAGUUUGGUCCGUAUACGCUAGCGGAUACUAGUGCCACGAUCAUGGCCAUGCCUGUUCACGACCCAAAGCCUGUUGACAUCAGUAGCCGCAGGACCCAUGAUCCCAACGGAAAUCCCCUUCGAACGAGGAGAUUUGGGGUUAUGGAGCUGGAUGAUACCUACCCCGAUGCAUCUGGAAACGUCCUUGCUCAUUACUCGCCACAGUUGACGUGUGUACGCUCAUGUGAUUGGACCGACCAGCCGUGUGGACUGUUCAUAGAGGUGGACAAGAUCCGUAUUGAAGACCACCUGUGGUUCUGGCAUGGGGUUGAAGUGAAGAAAGCCACUCCCUGCCGAUUCGAGGGUUGCCUGGACGCAGGGACGAUGAUGUAUUUGAGCCGUCACAUCGAAGGGGUCCACUUCGCUACGUCCUAUCGAUGCCCCUAUUGCAAGAAGCUGUCGUCGAGGACCGAUUCUUUGGCACGGCAUCAGAAGGGGUGCAAACCAUUGCUUGCUAGCAAGGCCCAUGCUGAGCAUGGAAAGUACGAAUUCUAUCACCAAGCGAUGAUCAAGUCAGUUUCUGGAUAUAUCGUUCCUGCCAGCAACGCGACCUAG